CCCAAUGUUUUGGUCGCGCUGACACUCAGAUGAGCCGCAGAGAGUGGUGAGGGACACGGGGCUCCAAUCCCCGUCGUAAUGUGGCUGUUCGUGGUGGGCUUUGUCGUCCACCUGAUAUUUUUCGUAUCUGUAUUUGACAUUUAUUUCAAGACGCCCUUGAGCCAUGGAAUGACCCCGCAAGUACACGGGAGAGAGCCGGCGGCGCAGAGGCUGGUGCUCCUGGUCGCCGAUGGCCUCAGGGCCGACUCCUUCUAUGACUUCCCGAACGAAACCACGAAAGCGCCCUUUCUCAGAUCUAUCAUUGAGAAAGAUGGGACAUGGGGAGUCUCUCACACUCGAGUACCAACAGAAUCUCGGCCAGGUCAUGUGGCCAUCAUUGCAGGGAUCUUUGAAGACCCAAGUGCAAUUGCAAAAGGAUGGAAAGAGAACCCUGUAGAGUUUGAUUCUGUCUUCAACGAAAGUCGUCAUACAUGGUGUUGGGGCAGUCCAGAUAUUCUGCCAAUGUUUGCAAGUGGCUCAGAACGAGGUCACAUAGAGACCUUUAUGUAUGAAGCAGUGGAAGAAGACUUUGCCAGUGAUGAUGCUUCUAGGCUUGAUACUUGGGUCUUUGAUCAUGUUGUUUCCUUCUUUGAAAAAGCCAAGGGAGACAAGAAACUCAAAGAACGUCUACUGCAGGAUCGCAUAGUAUUUUUCCUCCAUCUAUUAGGAAUUGAUACGAAUGGACAUGCCCACAAGCCAUAUUCCAAGGAAUAUCAAAAUAAUAUUGCUGUUGUUGAUAAAGGAGUUGAAAGAGUUGUCAAGGUGUUUGAAGAAUUCUACAAUGACAAGAAAACAGCUUACAUCUUUACAUCAGACCAUGGAAUGACUGACUGGGGGUCGCAUGGGGCUGGAGACCCGAGUGAAACAGAAACACCAAUUGUUGCCUGGGGUGCAGGUGUAGCUAAGCCAAAGCAUCCCUCACAGUUCAAAGAGAAGAUGAUGUAUGAUGCACGUGUUGAGAAGUGGGGUUUGACACAUGUCCGUCGCCAUGAUCUCCACCAGGCAGAUAUUGCACCCCUCAUGUCAUCCAUUAUUGGCAUACCAAUACCUGUCAAUAGCAUGGGAUUGUUGCACAUUGAGUAUUUAGGGACAGCCGAUGAGUACAAAGCAGAUGCCUUGUAUGCAAAUGCUCGGCAAAUGCUUGCACAGUAUCAACGCAAGAGGGCUCAAAAGGAAGAGGAGAUUAUGCCCAUUUUCUACUGGCCAAACCUGAAUCUGUCUCCUGACAGAGAAUUGGAGAUUUUGGCAAAGAUCCGAAACUACCUGAAAGAAGCUAAUUAUGAAGAUGCUAAUAUGGAGAGCCUGUUUUUGAUUUCGUUGACACAGCAGGGCAUGGAUUAUUACCAUAAUUAUGACCGUUUGUCACUUUCCAUUCAUAUUGCUCUUGGUUUCAUGGGCUGGAUAUUCCUCAUGAUCUGUCAUCUCUUGAGAGACCACAGCGCAGUUUUACGGAUGGCUGGAGGCACAAUAGAAGGAAGGAGAGUCUGGCGGUCAUCUGUUUUGAUGGGCUUAGUCCUAGUGGUUUGGGCUGUAACAAACCUCACUAAACUCAUUGGACAGCAAAAUCCAUGGCAACACUACUUGUACCUUAUGACUCCUAUUGGCUUAUGGACUCUGGUCCACCAGAGCUGUGCUCCCUUACGUGUCACAUGGCUACUCGUGUCCUCUUUCAACAUGGUGUGGGAAGUUGCAAUCCGCAUCCUCUUUAUCAUUAUUGGAAUUGAGAUCUUGGUGAUGGCCUUCUUUGUCAGACCAUUUCUCUCUGUGGGUCUUAUAUGCAUAGGACUUUGGCCUGUGAUCAUGUACUCCAUGCAGGGUGUGGUAGAGAAGUCCAUGCGUCUCGUGUGGAUUGGAGCGAGCAUACUCCUGGCCUCCUUUACUUACAUGCCAGUGGUGGGCAAGGAGCCAUUCUAUCCAAUGGUAGAAGUGGCUGGCUUAUUAGCAUUUUCACUUGGAGGAGUUGGCAUAUAUUGGUGUGGCGGUGAAGGUGGCCUGCCUCGACACAUUUCCUCUGUUGUCUACGUCCAAGGGCUGAUGGUUGUGGGCUCAGUUUAUCUUGUCCAUACAACAGCAUAUAGCAUCAAACAAAAGGAAGGACUGCCACCGCUCAAUCAGUUGGCAGCCUGGUGCGUUCUAGCACUGGCAUUCCUGUUGCCUCUUCUCGGGUCUCGCAAUGUGAUGGGCCGCCUUCUGUCUGUCACAGCCUCCCUCCUUUGUCCGUUCCUCCUACUGUCAAUCAGACAUGAAGGAUUCUUCUAUAUUGCCUUGACAAUAGCAAUGUUCCUUUGGCUCAUCCUUGAAUUCUACCUGGCAGGUGAAAAUGUGCAGAUUGCAAUGCUCAAGUUUGCAACAUGGGGCAAGGAAGGAUGUGAAGGAGGAGAGAGGGUUCUGGAGUGGUCUGAUGUACGCCGUGCAUAUUUCUUUCUUUUUUUUAUUAUCUUAGCAUUCUUCGGUACUGGAAAUCUUGCCAGUAUCAACAGCUUUGACCCAAGUUUUGUAUACUGUUUUGUGACAGUGUUUUCGCCAUUUGUGAUGGGGGGCCUCUUGCUCUUUAAGAUCAUCAUCCCAUUCCUCCUGGUCACAUGUUUCUUCCAUGCUAUUUGCACUAUAAUUAAGGUUCCAACCCGUGCCCUGUUCUAUGUGUUUCUCGUGAUGUCAGACUUCAUGGCACUGCACUUCUUCUUCCUCAUUCGGACAGAAGGCUCUUGGCUAGAAAUUGGGACAUCACUCAGCCACUACAUUAUAUCUAUGGCUACUACACUUUUCCUGAUUCUUCUUCUCUUCAUUGCUAAAUUCCUCACCAACAUCUGCCUCAGAAAGCCAGCAAAAGAAGGAGAGUUUGUUUUGCCACAAGUUAGUGUUGGCAGACCUCAUAGGGAUUAGAGAGAUACUGACUUUCUUGGUAGUCCUGCCAUACAUGGAUUUUAUAUUUAGAUUAUUUAUGUAUUUAAACCAUAAAUAAAAGACAUUUUUAAAGGUUUUGUUUGAAGGAAAACUCAUGAGAGUUCAGUGUGGUCCUCUAAGCAAUAUACAAAUAAAUGAAGAAGUCUAACUCUUGCCCAUUUUGUUAUUUAUGGCAACUCUGUGUUGUGAAUAACUGCAGAUAGUUUUUUUUAUGUUCUGAAUAAAAAUUGACUUAGUCCAUUGAUAAAGUGAACCAAACAUUGUUGAGUUAUUAAAUGUUCAGAGUGUAACUCAGUAAUUCCAAUCAAGUUAUAUUUGACAUUUACCAGAAAAAUAAAUGAAAAAGAAGUUACAAAACUUUUUUGUAUGCUAACAAAUUUUCAGAAGUGAAAUUUCUCUAGAAAUGAAUUUUGUUAUGUAUAUACUGCUUUUAUAUUUUAUUCUUCUCCAAUGGAUGAAGUGAUAUGUAUUAUUUGUAUGUAAAUCAUGUAGAUUUUUUAUAUAAUGUAUUAUAUUUGUGAUGUAGUUGAAACAUUAUUAACUCUGUUGGUGUUUCUCAUUGAAAUGUAAAAGGCAACAGCUUUUCUUUUUUCUUCUUGAGUUGGUGCACAAGCAUUAAAGACACUUUCUAGCAGGGAUAUAUAUUUGCAAUUAUUUGUAAAGUUGAUAUUUUGGAUAAUAGGCCAAAAUACUUGUGGUAAGAAAAAAGUGAGAAAAAAAGCCAUAUCAGCCACUCCAACUUGAUCACCUAGAAAGAUUUGACCUGAAUAUUAGUCACCAAUGUUAAAAUGGUAAACUUUAUAGAUGCUUUUUGUCUGUUUUUAUUAGCCAUGAUGAUUCCAAAUUGACAUCUCAAAAAUUAUAUCCCAGAAAUGUCUGCCCUAGAAUUUUUAUAUGAAAAUAAUGGUUCCGAAGUGUUGUUGGUGAAUAUAAAUUUCCUGAAGUUCUAGUUACUUAUCAGUAUUUAUCUGGCAAUAUUGAGUAUUGUCAUGUAGCUGAAUAUUAUGCAAAGCGAUUCAAAAGAUAUGCCCCUAAAAUUACAAAUUGUAUUGAUAAUUUAGGCUAUACAUUUUUAUUUAAAACAUGAACUGUUUUUAAUCAGCUAUAGCCAUUUAUAUUCACAUAUGACCAAAGUGUGAUCCAUUUUCAGGAAAGCAAGCUUCUUUUUUUACCCAGUUAACAGAGAUAUUGUGUAGGGUUGCUACAGUGAUUCUGUUUUAAAAAAUGAAUUUGCUAACAAGGGCUAGAACAGCAACUAGUUUUUUGAAUAGCAAUAUUUGGCAGUAAGUUACCAUUUCCCUAUGCAGAUGCCCCUCCUAAGCUACAGCUCACUCAUUGCUUAAGAGUCCGCCUUGGUCUCCAGGCACUUGAAUUACCACUGUCCCACCGUUGCUACUGUGAUAUUUUCAAUUGCCAUUUCAGUGUUAGUUUUCAUUUCUGUGUGUGUGAUUUAGUCUUUUAGACCACUUCAUUUAGGUUUUCCAUAGAAGGUAAUCAUAUUGUAGUCUUAUGAUCUUGAAGGCCACACUAUUUUUAGAUACGUGUUCAUCAAAAAAAUAAUGCAGGAUGUCCAUGAUUUCAAUACAGCACACCAUGUUAUUCCAGUUUUUUUUAAGGUGUUUUCAUGAAAAUGGGACAGUUUUUAUUACAGUAAAUUCAUCUGUCUGACUGUUAACCAAGAAUGUCCACUGUGUUUUUGAUUUAUUAAUUUAUUUACAAAAAUGGAUUCUGAGGCACCUAGUCCCCAAGGAAUCAUUUACUAGGGAAACCUUUACCUGUUUACCCCAUUCCUUGAAUUUUCAGAAAACACUUUUUUUAAAAAAUUAUAAUAGAGAUAAUUCUACUCUUGAUAAUGUUAGUGACGAUAAUUAUGUUAAUAGAAUUGAAAAUUUUAUUUUCCUGGAUAUUCAAGGAAUAAGAUAAACAUGUACAAUCAGGUAGUCCAAGUAACUCACUUCCCGAUGAUUAAGAACAAAAUUACCACAGAAGACUAUAUGGCACUAAGAGCUUUAUGUACCCACUAAGGCAGAACUAUGAUUCAUAAGUUGCAAGUAGUAGCAUAGCAACCCAAUUCAAAAUCUCUUCUAACAUGAUAUAGGAUCACAGUUUGAACAGAUGCUAAAUAUGGUCUAUUAUUAACAAAAAUGAAACAAUAUAAGUCACUUGAGUAUUGCAAAUACUUAAUGCACAUCUAAAGUCCAUAGUUAUGUGUAAGGAAUACAGCAUGUACUACAAUCCACAAUUAAGACCCUUAAAUCACAAAUUCUGAUAUACCCCUUUGUAUUUUUUUAAGUCAAAAGCAAUGAUCUGUCUUAUGUUAAAGUCUCUUGUAUUUACUCUUUUGUUUAUCCUGUAUAGCAUAUUUACCAUAAUUUUAAAAGAAGUUAAGUGAUAUUU